CACAGUUUGGUGAACAGAUCGUCCACUAAGCCUGUUUGUCACCGGUGUUGAAAAGCCUGCAAUCAAGCAUGGCAAUGGGAGAUGGCUUGGCCCAAACCAGCAAUCGACUAUCAUUUCAGUCAAGAGUUUCCAGGUUGCUGACAUUCCUAUGGGAUGUCUACUCUAAACCUACUCCAUCUAAUGCUCUUGAGGUCUUCAUCCUCUUCCUCAUCUGCCUUCUGGUCUCUGUGACGAUGGCUACCUUGCUGUUGGUAUGGAUGGUUUUCAGUUUGACCUAUGACCUUACCGCCACAGCCAUCUUGGUAGGGGUGUGCAUGUCUCUGAUGGCGGCACUCCUGACAUUGGUUCACCCAGUACGCUGCACCCUGAGCAUCCUCAUCCCGUCGCUAGGCACCCAACAGGGACGCAAGAUCCUGGUCUCCACGGUGAUGACCCUGACCAUCGCCACCUGUGUUCCCAACAUGGUGCGGAACGUCAGCUGGACAGCGUUCCUGAUCAGAUGCUCGUCUCACAGCUUAAUUGAGGGCGUGUUGAAUUCCAGCCGAACGAUUGACCAGGUUCUGAGUGACAUGAACGAAUGGACGGCGAAAAUGCCCGGCAGCAGCGGCAAGAUCCACCUCGUCCUGAAACAGGAAAUUGAUGUCCUCGACAUCUGGCGUGAGAUCUCGAACAUGACCCACAGCAUGAAGGCCGAGCUACAGUCCCUGCAUGAUUCUCUCGACGGCGCCUCCUCUGUGCUGCAGAAGCUGACCGGCGCCGCCCUGGUGGCGAUGGUUCUCGUCAGCUCCUCCAUGUACCUCAUUGGCUACCUCACAGACCUGAAGUACGACAACGUGUACAUGUCCCGGCGCCUUGUGACCUGUUUGGCGGUGAGCGGAGAUGCCACGCUGCCCAUAAAGUACCAACACAGGCUGGUGAAGACGUCUGGGGUGAAGAUGAUGCGCGCUGAGGUGCAGAGGUGUGUGUGGAGCGUGGCAGUUCUCGGAUUCUACGCCAUACUCUGUUUCUCGCUGAUUGGCCUGGAUCACUUCAUCUACAGAACGCUGGAGAUUCUCCUCACCUGGACCAAUGACAUACCAGGAAUCACAUACCACAUCACCGUAUAUGUGGAGAUAAGUGGCAGAGCGAUUGGCUUCAUUCCUUUCAACAUCGAUUCAUUGGAUAAGAAGUACAGUCACAGACUGCCCUUGCUUCCUGCCCAAUGCGUUACGCCUCUCUCUCUCCCCACCUCCUCCAUCAUCUCCUCCGUCAGCAUCCUUCUCUUCAUCGCCCUCGUCCUUGUCUUGGGCCAGGUGUUCGCUCAGCGCCUGCGCAGAAAGAUCUGCGCCUCCUUCUAUAGUCGUCGUGAGGACGAGCGAACCCGCUAUCUCCUGCAGAAGAUUCUAGAUGAACGGGAAAGAGAACAGGAGAAGGAUGACUUUGGUAAAGAUUGAAUAAUCCUGAUGUUAAAUGUCAUUAGUUUGUUGACAGUUCUUAGGGUUUUAUAUCUUUAUAUAGUGUGUUGCAAGUUGAUCAAUUGUGGCUGUCAGUAUGUAAGAGAGAAAGAAAUAGUUGUGUACCAAUUGUACUACACUUAAACAGCCUCCAUGAAUACAAAACAUCCUGGAUGAGAGAGAGACAACUGGAUCACAUUUUUGGGUGCCAGAAACGUUUAGGUUUAAGAUCAUUUCAAUGUCAACACGUGCCUCAGAAUGUUACUAUAAUGGAUGAUUGUGGCAGAUGGCUUUACUAUUAUGCAGUUUGGACAUGUAUCUCUCAGUAUUAC